GAUUAAUUACAGACAUGAUGCAACUGGCAAAUAUAUAAAUCAUGAAUUGCCCCGUCUAAGGGCAACUCUCUUUCCUGGAGCAUCUCACCCUUCACACAACAUUUCCUCGCCCCUGACAAGAUGAAGCUCCAUGGCCUUUUCGGAGCGCUGCUCUUCCACACCCUCCUCAGCCAUGUCCUCGCCGUCGGCAACAUCCGGAGCAUCUUCCUCUUCAAGGACGUGAUGAAGUCCAACACAACAGCCCUCAAGACGUCCGGGUUCAACACGCUCAUCGUCUUCGGCGUCGGCGUCCUCAGCAACGGCGACAUCAUGUACUACUCCAACACGCCCGGCAGCAGCGACGUGCUCAUCGCAUCCGGCGGGUCCUACGUCGGCGGCGACGCCCUCGCGGCCAAGGUCCAAUCCUUCAAAGCCGGCGACACCCUCGUCAAUCGCGUCGAGAUCUGCAUGAACGCCCAAAACAUCCGCGACCUGAUGGCCAGCCCCGGCCCGGGCCCCAACACCCCGCUCUACCGCAACUUCGCGGCCCUCAAAACGGCCUGGGCCCUCGACGCCGUCAACAACGACGACGAGAGCAUCUACGACACGGUCAGCACCGUCGCCUUCGCGGGCAUGCUCGGCGCCGUCGGCUACCGCUACACGAUCGCGCCGUACGACGCCGGGCGCAUGGCCUUCUGGGCCGGGGUGGUCUCGCGCGCCAACCAGGCCAGCGCGGGCCUGGUCGACCGCGUCUACCUGCAGCUGUACGACGGCGGGGCGCGCAACGUGCCGGCCACCUGGCAGACGGCGCUGGGCAUGAAGGUGGUGCCGAUCCUGUGGGUGGUCAACGAUUCGAAGCCGCAGUUUGGGCAGAGUCCGGCGCAGGCGAGGGGGAGGCUGGCGCAGUGGAGUCGCGAGGCCCAGGUGGCUGGCGGUGGGCUGUGGAAUGAUUAUGAUAUUGAGAAGAUGAAUCUGGCGUAUGCGUCGUAUGCUGAGUAUGGGUAUAUUUUGAACGAGAUCUUUUAUGAUGACUAGGUAGGUAGGUAGGUUGUGAGCUGAGGGUUAGCUACGACGUCUAGUCAGAGACCUUGGCCUUUACAAUUAGUGCCAUGUUGAAGACCCG